CCGUAACGGGGCGUUUUUUUUAAAAAAAAUUGCCAAAUAACGCCCAAAAACGCCGGAACCCCCAUUACACGGGGCGUUUCCGGGCGUUUUUUUUUAAAAAAAAUUGAGUUGGCGUGGUUAUUAAAACGCUGUUAAAUUGAAAGGUGGCAAAAAUUCGACCGUUGCCAACGGUCAAAAACUUAUUUAUUUUUUUUUUUUAAUUCUAAAUUUUACCCACUAUAUAUAUAUCAAUCCAUUUUCUUCAUUUUUUUAUAAACUUUCUACUACUUUCUAACCCACUCUCUUCUACUACUUUAUAAAAAAACCUCCACUUUCUCCUAUUUAUUUACAAGUAUGCAUCCAUACCGACCCCCGUUUGGUGGCCCCGCAAGACCCACGAACCCGAACACAACCCAACCGCAAACCCCGUACAACCUACAAGACAUGGACCCGAGCUUUUUAACUUACGCGGCUUUCUUGAGUGGCGCCUCUCCUUUUGUUCCUCCCACCUACGGCUUUGGUCAAGCCGGCGGGUCGCAACCGUCACAACCCGAACCCGAAUCCGAACCCGAUGUCGAGGUCGUGCCGGAGUCGCAACCCGAACCGGUGCAAGACAAAUCGAAACGCGGCAGAAGGUCGCAUAAAAAGAAGGAAAAGGAUGAGCCUCGACGUGCAAAAACAACCAUUAAAUGGACGAAGGACGAGGAAUACACGUUGAGUCGGGCGUGGCUCGAUAUUUCGGAGGACGAAGAUACCGCAAACUUUCAAACGGGCCCCGUUUUUUGGGAUAGGGUGCGUGCACUCUUUUAUAGCUCGUGGGGUCAAGGCGAGCAUCGGGACAAGGAUUCAAUUUCUAGCAAAUGGACCGACAUCAACAACAAAUGUCACGCGUUUCAAGAAGUUUACCAACGUAACUACGACAAUCGCCCGAGCGGUGAAAGUGACGUCGGGGUUUUAACAAAGACUUUGGAGGAGUUCGAUCGGACGAAAAGCCCUUUCACGUACUAUAAGUGUUGGGAGCUUCUACGAAAAAGUCCAAAGUGGGCGCUUGUUAAUCCAAUGACGUCAAGUAGUAGACGCCGGGCUAAAAGGUCAAAAACGUCAUCCUCCGCCGACCCGUCAACUCCGACAUCCGAUGCCCGUAAUGUUAAUUUAAAUGAAACGUUGGACGUCGACGAGCAAAUUCAAGAAGAGUUGGCCCGACCCACCGGUAGAAGAAAGGGAACGGGGAAAAAAACGGUCGAGUCGUCUUCCGAUCUCGAACUAAAGGAUGAUUUCGAGGAGAUGAACCGUCGUCUCCAAGAUAUUCGCGACCUCGGCCACAAACGUUGGGAGAUUAUGAAAGACCGAGUAGUUGAAACCAAAAAGUUCAACGAGUUGCAAGAGGCGCGACAAAUGGAAAAGGACAUUGAGUUUUUGUCCAAACCGAUCGACCACCUCCAAGGCGACGCGUUGAUCUUGGCUCAAAUGCGUCGCCAAAAAAUACGAGAAAAAUAUGGACUUUAGAUCAUCUAGUUUUUUUUUUUUUUUCGGUUAUUUUAAUUUUCUGUUUUUUUUUCUGUUUUUUUUUUCGGUUAUAUUAAUUUUCUGUUUUUUUUUAGUAUUUUUUUUCAAGUAUUGUAAUUUAUAUUUUAAUUUAUGGAAGACUUUAUCUUUUAUAUUUAAAAAAAAAAUAAAUGUAAAAUGAUUGAGUGGGCAUUAUUUGGAUAAUGCCCCACUACACCUUUUUUUCCUAUAAUGCCCAAAGUGUGACUAGGCGACACGUGGCGGAUAAUGCCCCAUGUUGGGGGCAUUAUUCUUGAUUACCAUUACGCAUGGUCUUAUAUAUCCACAAACCAUCCUUCCUCUUCAAACCCUCUCACCUCAUUUCAAUCUCUCUCUCUCUCUCUCUCUCUCUCUCAUCUCUUCAACAUUCACAAAUCCUCUAUCUUCAUUGAACAUCGUUAUGGAAAUUGCAGAGCUCAAUCUCAUCGGCGACUUCGAAGCCGGAAUCAAAUGCUUACAAAACCCCUCUCUCCUCUCCAAUCUUUCUUUACACAACAAACUCCCCCAGUACAGUUUCUGGACAUGUGGCGCCUUACUCAUCGCCGUUUUCGCCACUUUCACUAACCUAUUUAACAAAAUCAACCUCUUUAUACACCAGAUCCGUUUCAGAUUCUUAUCCUCCUUUCAAACCUCAUCCCCUCAGCAAAUUCAAUUCGACGAUGAUGAUUUCGAUUUUGACUUUUCCGAUGACGAUAUAGACGAUGAUACGCCGUCAUCUGUAGCAGAGUCCGAUGAUGAAGAUUAUGAUUCUGAGGACACCCGUGUGAAUGAAGUUUUCCGUGUUGAAGGUAGUGGUAGUAGUUAUUUUAACGAUAACGAAGGGCAAGAAGGUAAUUUCACUCUCCGGCGGCGUAACCGGUUCUCGUGGUCGGAUUUUUCAGCCGGAAAAAGUGUUGUACAGUUAUGGGAUAGUUUUGGUUUAGGGUUAGAUUUUGAAGACGAUGAUGAUGAAUCGGGAAUUGCGAUAUGGGAUUUGAAUCGGGAUGUGAAGUUGAGCUCCGGGAGACGGUGUCAGGUUCCGGCGUCAGUGGCGGAGAAGGUUGUUCUGACGGCGGAGAUGGAUGGGAGUCACGGUGGUGUCGGGUUUGGUACGUAUGAUUCUCGGAUGGGUGUUACGUGUCCGGCUGUUUGUGCCACGUGGCAGCCACGACGGAAGGUGGAGUGAGCGAGCAAGGAGCGCGUGGUUUUACGGAUUAUGUUAUUCGUUUAUAACUAUGACCAUGCUUGAACAGGAUCUGUUCUAUAAGCUCGUAGCUUUGUAUUCGUAUGUAACAGCGGGCAUUGCCGAUGAAUGAAACGAUGUCGUUCCACAUAUUGUGGGAUUCUUAA